UUCUCAAGUUAGUGUGAUGAUGAUGAUGAUGAUGAUGAUGAUGAUGAUGAUGAAGAAGAAGAUAGUUGUGGUGGUGAUGAAUAUUGGUGUAGUGAUGAAUAUUGGUGUAGUGAUGAAUAUUGGUGUGGUGAUGAUGAUGAUGAUAGGUGGUGUGGUGAUGGUGAUAAUGAUAGGUGGUGUGGUGAUGGUAUAAUGAUAGGUGGUGUGGUGGUGAUGGUAAUAUUGAUAGGUGUUGUGGUGAUGGUAAUAAUGAUAGGUGGUGUGGUGAUGGUAAUAUUGAUAGGUGGUGUGGUGGUGAUGGUAAUAAUGAUAGGUGGUGUGGUGGUGAUGGUAAUAAUGAUAGGUGGUGUGGUGGUGAUGGUAAUAAUGUUAGGUGGUGUGGUGAUGAUGGUAAUAAUGAUAGGUGUUGUGGUGAUGGUAAUAAUGAUAGGUGGUGUGGUGAUGGUAAUAUUGAUAGGUGGUGUGGUGGUGAUGGUAAUAAUGAUAGGUGGUGUGGUGGUGAUGGUAAUAAUGAUAGGUGGUGUGGUGGUGAUGGUAAUAAUGAUAGGUGGUGUGGUGGUGAUGGUAAUAUUGAUAGGUGGUGUGGUGAUGGUAAUAAUGAUAGGUGGUGUGGUGGUGAUGGUAAUAAUGAUAGGUGGUGUGGUGAUGGUAAUAUUGAUAGGUGGUGUGGUGGUGAUGGUAAUAAUGAUAGGUGGUGUGGUGGUGAUGGUAAUAAUGAUAGGUGGUGUGGUGAUGGUAAUAAUGUUAGGUGGUGUGGUGGUGAUGGUAAUAAUGAUAGGUGGUGUGGUGGUGAUGGUAAUAAUGAUAGGUGGUGUGGUGGUGAUGGUAAUAAUGAUAGGUGUGGUGAUGGUAAUAAUGAUAGGUGGUGUGGUGAUGGUAAUAAUGAUAGGUGGUGUGGUGGUGAUGGUAAUAAUGAUAGGUGGUGUGGUGGUGAUGGUAAUAAUGAUAGGUGGUGUGGUGAUGGUAAUAAUGAUAGGUGGUGUGGUGGUGAUGGUGAUAAUGAUAGGUGGUGUGGUGGUGAUGGUAAUAAUGAUAGGUGGUGUGGUGGUGAUGGUAAUAAUGAUAGGUGGUGUGGUGAUGGUAAUAAUGAUAGGUGGUGUGGUGAUGGUAAUAAUGAUAGUUGGUGUGGUGGUGAUGGUAAUAAUGAUAGGUGGUGUGGUGAUGGUAAUAAUGAUAGGUGGUGUGGUGGUGAUGGUAAUAAUGAUAGGUGGUGUGGUGGUGAUGAUAAUAAUGAUAGGUGGUGUGGUGGUGAUGGUAAUAUUGAUAGGUGGUGUGGUGGUGAUGGUAAUGAUAGGUGGUGUGGUGGUGAUGGUAAUAUUGAUAGGUGGUGUGGUGGUGAUGGUAAUAAUGAUAGGUGUGGUGGUGAUGAUAAUAAUGAUAGGUGGUGUGGUGAUGGUAAUAAUGAUAGGUGGUGUGGUGAUGGUAAUAAUGAUAGGUGGUGUGGUGAUGGUAAUAAUGAUAGGUGGUGUGGUGGUGAUGGUAAUAAUGAUAAGUGGUGUGGUGAUGGUAAUAAUGAUAGGUGGUGUGGUGAUGGUAAUAAUGAUAGGUGGUGUGGUGGUGAUGGUAAUAAUGAUAGGUGGUGUGGUGGUGACGGUAAUAAUGAUAGGUGAUGUGGUGGUGAUGGUAAUAAUGAUAGGUGAUGUGGUGGUGAUGGUAAUAAUGAUAGGUGUGGUGGUGAUGGUAAUAAUGAUAGGUGUGGUGGUGAUGGUAAUAUUGAUAGGUGGUGUGGUGGUGAUGGUAAUAUUGAUAGGUGGUGUGGUGGUGAUGGUAAUAAUGAUAGGUGGUGUGGUGGUGAUGGUAAUAAUGAUAGGUGGUGUGGUGAUGGUAAUAUUGAUUGGUGGUGUGGUGGUGAUGGUAAUAAUGAUAGGUGUGGUGGUGAUGGUAAUAAUGAUAGGUGGUGUGGUGGUGAUGGUAAUAAUGAUAGGUGUGGUGGUGAUGGUAAUAAUGAUAGGUGGUGUGGUGAUGGUAAUAAUGAUAGGUGGUGUGGUGAUGGUAAUAAUGAUAGGUGUGGUGGUGAUGGUAAUAAUGAUAGGUGGUGUGGUGGUGAUGGUAAUAAUGAUAGGUGUGGUGGUGAUGGUAAUAAUGAUAGGUGGUGUGGUGAUGGUAAUAAUGAUAGGUGGUGUGGUGAUGAUGGUAAUAAUGAUAGGUGGUGUGGUGAUGGUGAUAAUGAUAGGUGGUGUGGUGGUGGUAAUAAUGAUAGGUGGUGUGGUGGUGAUGGUAAUAUUGAUAGGUGGUGUGGUGAUGGUGAUAAUGAUAGGUGGUGUGGUGGUGAUGGUAAUAAUGAUAGGUGGUGUGGUGAUGAUGGUAAUAAUGAUAGGUGGUGUGGUGGUGAUGGUGAUAAUGAUAGGUGGUGUGGUGAUGAUGGUAAUAUUGAUAGGUGGUGUGGUGGUGAUGGUAAUAUUGAUAGGUGGUGUGGUGAUGAUGGUAAUAAUGAUAGGUGGUGUGGUGAUGAUGGUAAUAAUGAUAGGUGGUGUGGUGAUGGUGAUAAUGAUAGGUGGUGUGGUGGUGGUAAUAAUGAUAGGUGGUGUGGUGAUGGUAAUAAUGAUAGGUGGUGUGGUGGUGAUGGUAAUAUUGAUAGGUGGUGUGGUGAUGGUGAUAAUGAUAGGUGGUGUGGUGGUGAUGGUAAUAAUGAUAGGUGGUGUGGUGAUGAUGGUAAUAAUGAUAGGUGGUGUGGUGGUGAUGGUAAUAAUGAUAGGUGGUGUGGUGAUGGUAAUAUUGAUAGGUGGUGUGGUGGUGAUGGUGGUAAUAAUGAUAGGUGGUGUGGUGAUGGUAAUAUUGAUAGGUGGUGUGGUGAUGAUGGUAAUAAUGAUAGGUGGUGUGGUGAUGAUGGUAAUAAUGAUAGGUGGUGUGGUGAUGGUAAUAAUGAUAGGUGGUGUGGUGAUGGUAAUAAUGAUAGGUGGUGUGGUGAUGAUGGUAAUAAUGAUAGGUGUGGUGGUGAUGGUAAUAUUGAUAGGUGGUGUGGUGGUAUUGGUAAUAAUGAUAGGUGGUGUGGUGGUGAUGUAAUAAUGAUAGGUGGUGUGGUGGUGAUGGUAAUAAUGAUAGGUGGUGUGGUGAUGGUAAUAUUGAUAGGUGGUGUGGUGGUGAUGGUAAUAAUGAUAGGUGGUGUGGUGGUGAUGGUAAUAAUGAUAGGUGGUGUGGUGGUGAUGUAAUAAUGAUAGGUGGUGUGGUGGUGAUGGUAAUAAUGAUAGGUGGUGUGGUGAUGGUAAUAUUGAUAGGUGGUGUGGUGGUGAUGGUAAUAAUGAUAGGUGGUGUGGUGAUGUAAUAAUGAUAGGUGGUGUGGUGAUGGUAAUAUUGAUAGGUGGUGUGGUGGUGAUGGUAAUAAUGAUAGGUGGUGUGGUGAUGGUAAUAUUGAUAGGUGGUGUGGUGGUGAUGGUAAUAAUGAUAGGUGGUGUGGUGGUGAUGGUAAUAAUGAUAGGUGGUGUGGUGAUGGUAAUAUUGAUAGGUGGUGUGGUGGUGAUGGUAAUAAUGAUAGGUGGUGUGGUGGUGAUGGUAAUAUUGAUAGGUGGUGUGGUGGUGAUGGUAAUAUUGAUAGGUGGUGUGGUGGUGAUGGUAAUAUUGAUAGGUGGUGUGGUGAUGGUAAUAUUGAUAGGUGGUGUGGUGGUGAUGGUAAUAAUGAUAGGUGGUGUGGUGGUGAUGGUAAUAAUGAUAGGUGGUGUGGUGAUGGUAAUAAUGAUAGGUGGUGUGGUGGUGAUGGUAAUAAUGAUAGGUGGUGUGGUGGUGAUGGUAAUAAUGAUAGGUGGUGUGGUGAUGGUAAUAUUGAUAGGUGGUGUGGUGAUGGUAAUAAUGAUAGGUGGUGUGGUGGUGAUGGUAAUAAUGAUAGGUGGUGUGGUGGUGAUGGUAAUAUUGAUAGGUGGUGUGGUGAUGGUAAUAAUGAUAGGUGGUGUGGUGGUGAUGGUAAUAUUGAUAGGUGGUGUGGUGGUGAUGGUAAUAAUGAUAGGUGGUGUGGUGAUGGUAAUAAUGAUAGGUGGUGUGGUGGUGAUGGUAAUAAUGAUAGGUGGUGUGGUAAUGGUAAUAAUGAUAGGUGGUGUGGUGGUGAUGGUAAUAUUGAUAGGUGGUGUGGUGGUGAUGGUAAUAUUGAUAGGUGGUGUGGUGGUGAUGGUAAUAUUGAUAGGUGGUGAGGUGAUGGUAAUAAUGAUAGGUGGUGUGGUGGUGAUGGUAAUAUUGAUAGGUGGUGUGGUGGUGAUGGUAAUAUUGAUAGGUGGUGUGGUGGUGAUGGUAAUAUUGAUAGGUGGUGAGGUGAUGGUAAUAAUGAUAGGUGGUGUGGUGGUGAUGGUAAUAAUGAUAGGUGGUGUGGUGGUGAUGGUAAUAAUGAUAGGUGGUGAGGUGAUGGUAAUAAUGAUAGGUGGUGUGGUGGUGAUGGUAAUAAUGAUAGGUGGUGUGGUGGUGAUGGUAAUAAUGAUAGGUGGUGUGGUGGUGAUGGUGAUAAUGUUAGGUGGUGUGGUGAUGGUAAUAUUGAUAGGUGGUGUGGUGGUGAUGGUAAUAAUGAUAGGUGGUGUGGUGGUGAUGGUAAUAAUGAUAGGUGGUGUGGUGGUGAUGGUAAUAUUGAUAGGUGGUGUGGUGGUGAUGGUAAUAUUGAUAGGUGGUGUGGUGAUGGUAAUAUUGAUAGGUGUGGUGAUGGUAAUAAUGAUAGGUGUUGUGGUGAUGGUAAUAAGGAUAGGUGGUGUGGUGAUGGUAAUAUUGAUAGGUGGUGUGGUGAUGGUAAUAAUGAUAGGUGGUGUGGUGGUGAUGGUAAUAAUGAUAGGUGGUGUGGUGGUGAUGGUAAUAAUGAUAGGUGGUGUGGUGAUGAUGGUAAUAAUGAUAGGUGGUGUGGUGGUGAUGGUGAUAAUGAUAGGUGGUGUGGUGAUGAUGGUAAUAUUGAUAGGUGGUGUGGUGGUGAUGGUAAUAUUGAUAGGUGGUGUGGUGAUGAUGGUAAUAAUGAUAGGUGGUGUGGUGAUGAUGGUAAUAAUGAUAGGUGGUGUGGUGAUGGUGAUAAUGAUAGGUGGUGUGGUGGUGGUAAUAAUGAUAGGUGGUGUGGUGAUGGUAAUAAUGAUAGGUGGUGUGGUGGUGAUGGUAAUAUUGAUAGGUGGUGUGGUGAUGGUGAUAAUGAUAGGUGGUGUGGUGGUGAUGGUAAUAAUGAUAGGUGGUGUGGUGAUGAUGGUAAUAAUGAUAGGUGGUGUGGUGGUGAUGGUAAUAAUGAUAGGUGGUGUGGUGAUGGUAAUAUUGAUAGGUGGUGUGGUGGUGAUGGUGGUAAUAAUGAUAGGUGGUGUGGUGAUGGUAAUAUUGAUAGGUGGUGUGGUGAUGAUGGUAAUAAUGAUAGGUGGUGUGGUGAUGAUGGUAAUAAUGAUAGGUGGUGUGGUGAUGGUAAUAAUGAUAGGUGGUGUGGUGAUGGUAAUAAUGAUAGGUGGUGUGGUGAUGAUGGUAAUAAUGAUAG